UCUUCCCCACGGGAGGGAAAGUACCUUCACUGUUAGUGAAAAUGAAAAAUGACAAAGCGACAACGGUAAAGGAGCGAAUAAUAUAAACUAUAAUAGCAAAUAGCGAGCGCAUUAAACAAAGCAACAAAACAACACAACGACACUAUCCUACCGUUUCCGGGACCGUUUUCCCUUCCCUCCCUUCCUCCCUUUCUACCGCACUUUUCCAACCCUUCUUCCCUUACGUUCACAUUCACAUGGGAAGAAUAGACGACAAAACACAAUAACAAUUUUCGGGAUGAAAGACACGCCUUUCAAGUGCACUCGAGGAACCAAUCGGAUGGUGAUGAUGGCGAACGAAAGAAAAAAAAUGGUGCUCGUAAAGUGGGCGUGCUACUUUCCCUUCAUCACCGUUCCUCUCUCUCUCGCCCUCUCCCACUUACACUAACUUCACCUUUCCAACAGCAUAAAAACAUCCUGAGCAUUAAAAAAAACCACCAAAGCAAACGGUUGCCGACAACAUUGCUCACCCGCGGCGACGAUUCAACAGACUCCGCCCACAUUUCUCACCGCGGCUCUCACGCGAUGAGAUAUUCCGCUCACGCUCAAAAAAACGCACAACCGUUUCGACGAAACACCCAUCCCCAGGUCGUCGGUUUGUGUAGUAGGGAUGAAGGAAGCUGUACCGUGUCGUAUGCCUGCAGUACGUUCGUUCAGUUUCUGGCAGACAGACCUCUUCAGCCGCUUGACGGACACAUUUUCCAACAGUGGUCGUCUCGAGUGGUGGUGUGGUACGUCUUUUUUCUUCACUGUCGCGCGUUUUAGUACCAUCGCCCGUAUGGCACAUUGCUUGCCUUUUGGCAAAAGCGGGUAAUAUUACGCGGACCCCCCAAAAAGUGCAUUUGCAGUCGUAGUGUCCGUGCAGUUGUUGUGGCGUCGUGUCGUGCGAUAAGAGUCUAAUUUUGUGUAAACACGCCACGCCGGUGUGCAAAGUGACCAACACACUCACACACACACACACGCGCUCCCGAUGCAUCUCAUGCACCCUUAGUGGGAGGGAAAAGUUUUUCCCCGAAACAGGAAACUAAGAAAAACGGUUUCCAUCCUAAGAAGAGCAGGUGUGGUGUGAAGUGUGAUGAUAUGGUUUUGAAGUAGAUACAAACAAACAACCAACAACGGUGGUCGCUUAUCUCGUGGCUGAGCGCAAAAAAAGGUGUACAGCAGAAAAAAAAUCUCCCAAGCGUGUUUGUGUAGUGUGGUUUACUUAGUACAAGAACGAAGAAUAUUGAUAUCGGGGUGAGGGAGAAGCAGUUCAGAAUCUAGAAAGUGUCAAGUGCGUUUUUCAAAGUGAUGCAAAAGUGACGGAAAGGGUCAAAUAUCUUUUAUACAGUAGAAGCUACUUAAUUUCACCUCACCAAGCAUCGAAACUUUUGCCACUUCCUGUAGUGAAAGAGUUCAAGAAAUAGGAUUUACAAUUAAACUUAAUGCGUUCCGUGUGAAAGAAAAGUGUAAUUUGCUCAACAAUCGAUACAUGGAUUAAAUGCCGAUGCCGUUCAUCGUGAUAGUUGCAAUGAAAGAAAAUGCAUUUUGCACAGUGAGCACAACAGUGGAUUAGUGUCGAUGAGAAGAGUAUGUGUGAUCGGGUGUGCUUAUUACUUUGUGCAAGCAUUGUUGCAAUGAAACAACAGUGGUGAAACGAGGAAAAAAUUAUUAACAAAUAGCAAACAUUUGUAAGUUUAAUCGAACAAAAAAAAAGGUGACGAAUCCAUUCGGGCGUUAAUAGCCAGGUGAGGAUCGGUGGUUAACGUACGCACGUUCCAAACCCAUUUCCCGGGAGCAGCUCCACUCUUUAUCCUGUCGGCUGGCGCUCCAAGCGAAUUCGGGUGUACAUGUCCACCACGCUAUCGAGUGUCUCUGGAGUGUAUCCAGACGAUUCCGAGCAAGAGCAUGGACUGUUACCGGAUCUGAAUGGUGUCGAUCUGGUUAUGAGCUUGUCGCCCAAGGCGCCAAACCACCAUCACCACCAUCACCAUCAUCACCAUCUGACCAGCCUGCAGCAUCUGCAGAAUCUGCAGCACAACUCGGCCCUCCACAGCCACUCGACACCGUUUAGCGUCACCGACAUACUAAGCCCGAUCGAGGAGUACCGCAAGCUGGAACUGACCGCGAAUCCACCAUCUCCGUACAGCGGCGGCAGCAGCGUUAACUCACCGAGUGCCCUCGGGCCAAACACGACCACCGGCAGUACGACGACCGGUAGCAGUAGCAUGGCGAACCCGUACGCAAUGGGUCCACUGUACCACAGUCCCGGUGUGCAGAGUUACUGUGCGCCGACGGACAACCUUUCGCUGGCGGGCCACUACACCGACAUGCGCAAUUCGGCCGCCGCCGGUUGGUACGGUUCCACCGCCAGUGAUCCACGUUUUGCGAUAUCCCGAUUGAUGGGUGGUUCGGCUGGCGGUACGAUGGGUCACGCCAUGUCCAACAUGGGCAGUCUAGCGGCGUGCAGCGUAUCCGACACCAAACCGAUGCAGUUUCCACUUGCCCAACGACGAAAGCGACGGGUGCUGUUCACACAGGCUCAGGUGUACGAAUUGGAGCGAAGAUUUAAGCAGCAGAAAUACCUAUCCGCCCCGGAACGCGAACAUUUAGCCAGCUUAAUACAUCUCACACCAACCCAGGUGAAGAUUUGGUUUCAAAAUCAUCGGUACAAGUGCAAACGACAGGCAAAGGAGAAGGCGAUGGCGGAACAGAACCAACAUAAUCAGUCAGCCAGCUCACCACGACGUGUGGCCGUACCAGUACUAGUUAAAGAUGGCAAACCCUGUUCCGGCGGUUCGAACGCGAGCGCCAACAACACUAGCGGCAGCAGUGCGGCAGCUGCCGCUGCAGCCGCGGCCGCCGCUGCCGCCGCCGCCGUCCAGCAGCAACAGCAGCAGCAGCAGCAGCAUCAACAACACCAGCAACAGCAGCACGGUCAGCAUCCGUCCCAGCAUGGGCAGCAUCCAGCACAGCAUCAUCAGCAGCAGCACAAUGCACACCAACAGCAGUCGGCCGUAGGUGGCAGUGGGUCGGGUUCGGCCGGUGGGUCGGGCGGUGGUUCGGCCGGCAGUGGAACGAGCGGACCUAGCUCCAAUGGUAGCAGCAGCGCCAGCAAUGGAACCGGUGCGGGCAGCGGUGCGAGCAACGGCAGCGGAGGUCCAACCAGUGCCGGUAGCAUCGUGCUGCUGAACGACACGAACGCACAUUCGCCCGAUACGGCCACGGCGGCCCUGCUAUCGUCGUACAAUGGUGCUGCCCAUCAGCAUCAGAUGCUGCAGCAGCCGUGCAAUAAUGCGCUCAUGUCCAACAGUCUGGCGAUGGCGUACCGCAACCAGAACAACUUCAUGACGAACAGCCACCAGCAGCAGUGCGGAGGCUAUCUGCCGUUGCAGACGCGGGCCUGGUAAUAUUAGUGGAAUCGGUUACGUUCCGUGCCGUCGGUGGUAUGAUCUGUUCGGAAGAUAUUCGAUGCGUUUAGUAUUUUAUUGCUGAAUUUUAAACCGAGCUUCACAGCGCAGCGUAGAGGAGGUACUACUCUCCACCUGCACGAUCUGACUUAACAACAAUUAGUGUUGAUCGUUUUGUAUCUUUUGGUUUUAACCAAAAGUUUUAAAGCUUUUUUCUUAAAAAAUCAUCCAUUAAGAAAAGCUUUUUACAAUCGCAUGCAGUAUUUGCUUUUGGAGUCUUGAAUUUUUUUUUUGGUUGUUGUUGUUAGCCAGUGUUAUUCAGCUGAAAUUGCGGCAUCCAGUACUGCUCAGCGUCUGAAACCGUCUCAAAACUUACACUGUACAUAACGAUAGCGUACCAGCAGUACAAUCAUUUUCCCCCCUCUCUUGCCGUGCUAUAGUUCGUAUUGAAAUAGAAAACGUUCGUUUUGCCUUUUUGCUGUAGCGAUUUGUUGUUGUGUGUAGCGUUGGUUUCAGUUUUGACAUUUUGCAACCUCAUUUUCGCGGCAUAGAGUUUCCCCACGCAUAUAAAAAAAAAACAAAAACGGAAACUGGAUUUGAGGGCACGCGUUCGAAACCAAAAACAAGCAGUACAAUACAUUCUCUACGCACGGGCGAAAACACUUGCAAGGCAUAGUAGUGUAACCGUUAAUCACUGUAAGGAAUUAUGGCACGAUAAAGCAACGCAGCAGCUGCUCCCGACGUGCGGCUGCCCAUUCUGUGUAUGAUAAAGCUAUACAUAAAUAUAUAUUUUUUAAAUAAGCAAAACUAAAGUAAAAAACCGACAAACAGGUCCCCUUUGUUCCUCGGGAGGGGGCAGGAGGGUAUGCUUAAGUUAGUAGACGAAGGAAACACACGCAAACUAAUCAAAUUUGGCUUAAGAUUGUUCAGAACGAACGCGCUCCCAAAGGUUAUUUUGUGAAGUUUCGUACAUCGAAAGUAGACGGAAAGGUUCAGAAGGGAUACGGUUGGGAUGAGAUGUAGGAAUAAAGUUUUUUUUAUUUUUUUUUCGAUGGCAAGCUAUCUGUCGUUGUACGGUGCCGUACAAAUGGCUGAAGUUGGACAACGAUUUGGUACGAUCGAUUCAUAUUUCAGUGAAACGUGCCGUAUAGCUUACGAUUAAGACAAAAGUAUUCAAGAUCCUGAUGUUCCAAGUGUACCUAUUUCCGGAAUUUAAAAAAUUAAAUCACUGACACACACACAAGUGGCGCACACUUUGAUAGACGUCAUAAAAACACACACACACACGUUUGUAAAUAACUGUAUUAUCGAGCAUUGAUUUAAGCACGCACAGUAUUGAAUAAUUAAACAAAAUGGAGAACAAAAGAAAAACUUCAAACCAAACAAAGACAACUUGCAAUUGGAGUCAUCGGCAGUUGCUGCGAAUAGUUUGGAGAUGAAAGAGUAUUAAACAAACCGGUGUAACUCUCAUUGUAGCGAAAAUGAGAUUGAAAAAAAGCGAAAGUUUCUACUGAACGUGCUAAAUCGACAAAGUUCGAAUGGGUGAAGCUUCUUCUUCCCGAGCGUGCGUGGAGUUCAAGUUUGAUCCACUUCCUUAACAUCAAACAGCAGCAGCGAGCUGGCAGGAUAAACAAAACGAGGCCGUUGCUACUUUCGAAUAUCAAGCGGAAACUAUAAUAGUAAUAUUUAAACGAAGGUACAUAAAAUAAUUAAUGAAUAGUACACACAGCUAAGAAGCGUAAACCGAAUGAUGGAGGCGCGUCACGGUGUAAAUUGCGAGGAAACACUUUUCGUUAAACCCACAGUACGAUUGUACGGUUAACGAUACCUAGGAAUAAUCGAAAAGUAAACGUUAAUUUUCUCAUACUAUUCAACUUGCAUUUCGUUCAUUCACCUUUUUCCACACUGCAAUCCGAAAUUGUGCAAAAAGUUCGGUGCGCUUCAUUAAAAACAGCAAAUGCAACAUAAAGGAUAAGAAAAUUGUUAUGCAAAAUUACAAUAUUUUUUCUUAAUUGGUAUUUAAUGAACAAAUCGAUACCGGUUAUGCGAAUUUUAUGUAAAGUUGCGCUUAAAAAGAAUUUGGUUUUUACUUAACGAAAAGAUUAGUCAAUAAACGAUGACAGGAAGCGAAUGGUAAACAAAAGCGACAAAUUACGAAACAAAACUAAGCAGGUGCAAAUUACAUACAAAACGAAUACGCAUAGAAAAGGGGUUUUAGUUGUUCAUGUAACAAAAGCAUACACCGAACAAAGAAUGUGUGGCCAGAAAAAAAAACAUGUUUGGCAGGAAAUAUUGUACGAAUGAUGAAUGAUUUCCACCACGAAUGGAAUGAAAAGAAAACAAACAUAAGAAUAUAAGAAAAAAAAUAUAAAUCAGCAAAAAUAAAUAAACGAAUGCAAAAUGUAUUAUCGGCGUUUUGUUUU